AUGCCGAGACUGCCCCAGGAGGACAAUUUGUUUGAUAACCGUGAUCUUGAGGGAAAUGAGUACCCUGUCGAAGACGAACCCGACUCCGAACCGGACGAGCCCAACAACACAGUUGACAUCGAUAUUCUUGAUCGCGAACUACCGAGCGAGGACGUAGAAGAUGAUCGAAACCCGAGGACACUUGCCAACGUCAAGGCUGUGCUUGACAAGCUCGAUGAGUUAAACUUUAAGCUCAUAGACUUUUUGGACGCACUGAGCUGGGGGCAUUCCGGAUGCACACAAGAUGCUAAGGUUCGCAACGAGAGGACAGUCAUGCUGCAGGACAGGAAACUCCCAAAAAUUCUUUGGCAUUGGGCAAUUCCUCCACGCAGGAAGGGGUCCAACAAAAAACGCGCAACAGGUGCGAGCACUGUCAUGAAGGAGUUUGCUGUGGGAUACAUCAAGAAUUUUGCAUCCAAAGAGCUAGAGAUUUUGGCGCCGCACCUGUUUUCCGAUACCUCAGAAGAUGUCCGAACAGAGACGCUUGUGUCGACAUCCUUCUCGACGCUGGCAUCAAAGAUGCAGACACUGGCUCCAAUACUUUGGGAUGUUCUCGUAAACUUCGCGGAGCGGCCAAGCAAUCUUGUUGAGGAACCAUGGGCAAGAACAACGAGCAAGAGCGACGGGAGUUGGAGGUACCAGAGGCAAGACAGAAGUAAGAGAGAGACAGUCAACAAACGAAGACGCGUCCGGUAUGGCUUGCACGUGAUCUCGUGA